AGCAGUUUAUAGUGGCUCUUAUCAAUAUUGAUAUUUUUUAAAUUUUACUAUCGCAGCCCCCAAAAAAUAUUUUUGUCAGAAAUUCUAUUUAUUUUAGUCUUGCAUACCACACACAUACACGAGGGAGAGAAAGAAAACCGCAGCACCUACUUAUCACACACACAAACACAAAAGAAGAGCACAUAAUUAGUUCCAAAUAUGCAGUUCUUCAUCUUCCUGUUUGCUUUGUUUCUCUUACUACUUCCCUUCUUAUUGCUAAAGAAUGUAUUUCAAAACCGUGAAUCUCGAAAUCUGUUACCACCUGGUCCAAGAAAACUCCCAUUCAUUGGGAAUUUGCACCAAAUGGUGGGUUCACUCCCUCACCAAACUCUUCAAAAAUUAGCCCAAAAAUAUGGUCCCCUGAUGCAUUUGCAACUCGGUGAGCUUUCCACCAUUGUUGUAUCAUCACCAAAAUUAGCAAAAGAAGUCCUACAAACCAACAGUCUCGCGUUCGCGAAUCGACCAAACCUAACCGUGGCGCAGAUCAUGUUGUACAACAGCUUAGGUGUUACCUUUUCGCCUUACGGCGAUUACUGGAGACAAAUGCGUCAAAUCUAUGUCGUUGAACUUCUCAACAGCAAAAGCAUUCAAUCGCUUUUCCAUAUCAUGGAUGACGAGCUUUCAAAUUUGAGGAAAUCAAUAGAAUCGCAGAAGGGAAAACCUAUCUUUUUGAGUCAACUGAUUUUGUCAUACUUGAACUCAACGAUCAGCCGAGCUACAGUGGGAAGAAUAUGCAAUGACCAAAGUUCGUUGAUAGCUGCAACAAUGGAGGCAGCAAAACUUGCUGGAAUAUUCAAUCUUGAAGAUCUCUACCCUUCAAUAAAGUUUCUUCGUUUGUUCAGUAGAGUAAAGACCAAGUUAGAGAAGCUGUACAAGAAAUUAGAUGUGAUUCUGGAGGAUAUUAUCAUUAGCCAUGAAAAAGAUAAAGCCAACCUAAUGGAAGAAGAUAUUCUGGAUGUUCUGCUGAGACUUGAGAAGAAGAAUGAUUUCCAGUUCCCCAUCACCAGGAACCACAUCAAAGCCAUCAUUUUCGAAUUGUCAGUUGCGGGGACUAUAACAUCAUCAGUUAUUGUCGAAUGGGCUAUGUCUGAAAUGGUAAAGGAUCCAUCAAUUCUGGAGAAAGCCCAAGCUGAAGUUAGGCAAGCUUUGCGAGGAAAGGAAAAAAUAGAUGGAAGUGAUAUACAAGGAUUGAAGUAUUUAAAAUGGGUAAUAAAGGAAACUUUUAGAUUACAUCCUCCCGGACCUCUACUAGCCCCUAGAGAAGCCAGAGAGCAAUGUGAAAUCCAAGGUUACGUGAUUCCGGUUGGAACGGUAACUCUUGUUAAUGCAUGGGCAAUCGGAAGAGAUCCCGAAUACUGGAAUGAUCCUGAGGUGUUUAAACCUGAAAGAUUUGAAAGCACUUCUAUCGAUUUUACAGGGAACAAUUUCGAGCUCAUACCAUUUGGUGCUGGAAGAAGAAUGUGCCCCGGUAUAAACUUUGGUGUCACUAAUGUGGAACUUUUGCUUGCCCAAUUGCUCUACCACUUUGACUGGGAACUUCCCGAUGGGAUGAAACCUGAGGAAUUGGACAUGUUUGAAAGCUUUGGGGCAGCAGCUUCAAGAAAAAAUGAACUGUGCUUACAUGCGAAGUUAUACGUCCCCAAUCCCUAAUCAUACAUGAUAUCUUCAAGAGUGAGACAGGUGACCAAAUCACAAACUAUUGAAGUUUUAGUUUGUAUAUGAGAAUUUAAGGAAUGUGGAGAGGACGAGGUGGUCGUCCCUUUUGUAUCUAGCAGGAAUAAAUUGAUGAAAGUUGAAAAAUUCCAUGUAAUGAUGCCGAAGGAUGGGAAUGGAAGAAGUAUUUGUAUGAUGAUGCGAAAUCCUUGGAUAUCAAAGUCGGAGAAUCAGAAGUUUUGGUGAGGUGCAAAAUCUUUCUUUCAUCUUAGAUACUGUUUUUCUUUUGCUACAUCUCUCUACGGGUAGUUUUUGCUUCUUCUUUUUUUUUUUUUUUUUUUUUUCUGGCGCUUUACGUGUUAAUCCUUUGCAAACUGUGUUUUCUUUCUCACAUUUG